AUGGAAACCCUGUGGACACUCCAGAGGUCAAGGUCACUACAGGACUUCAUGGUGGCCAAAGUCACUACAGGACUUCAUGGAAAGUCUGUGGACACUCUAGAGGACAAAGUCACUACAGGACUUCAUGGAAAGUCUGUGGACACUCUAGAGGUCAAGGUUACUACAGGACUUCAUGGAAACACUGUGGACACUCUAGAGGCCAAAGUCACUACAGGACUUCAUGGAAAGUCUGUGGACACUUUAGAGGCCAAAGUCACUACAGGACUUCGUGGAAAGUCUGUGGACACUCUAGAGGACAAAGUCACUACAGGACUUCAUGGAAACCCUGUGGACACUCUAGAGGACAAAGUCACUACAGGACUUCAUGGAAAGUCUGUGGACACUCUAGAGGACAAAGUCACUACAGGACUUCAUGGAAAGUCUGUGGACACUCUAGAGGUCAAGGUUACUACAGGACUUCAUGGAAACCUUGUGGACACUCUAGAUGCCAAAAGGUCAAGGUCACCACAGGACUUCAUGGAGGCCAAAGUCACUACAGGACUUCAUGGAAAGUCUGUGGACACUCUAGAGGCCAAAGUCACUACAGGACUUCAUGGAAAGUCUGUGGACACUCUAGAGGACAAAGUCACUACAGGACUUCAUGGAAAGUCUCUGGACACUCUAGAGGUCAAGGUUACUACAGGACUUCAUGGAAACCUUGUGGACACUCUAGAGGCCAAAGUCACUACAGGACUUCAUGGAAAGUCUGUGGACACUUUAGAGGUCAAGGUCACCACAGGACUUCAUGGAGGCCAAAGUCACUACAGGACUUCAUGGAAAAGGUCAAGGUCACCACAGGACUUCAUGGAGGCCAAAGUCACUACAGGACUUCAUGGAAAGUCUGUGGACACUCUAGAGGCCAAAGUCACUACAGGACUUCAUGGAAAGUCUGUGGACACUCUAGAGGCCAAAGUCACUACAGGACUUCAUGGAAAAUCUGUGGACACUAGAGGACAAAGUCACUACAGGACUUCAUGGAGGACAAAGUCACUACAGGACUUCAUAGAAAGCCUGUGGACACUAGAGGCCAAAAUCACUACAGGACUUCAUGGAAAGCCUAGGUCAAGGUCACCACAGGACUUCAUGGAGGCCAAAGUCACUACAGGACUUCAUGGAAAGUCUGUGGACACUCUAGAGGCCAAAGUCACUACAGGACUUCAUGGAAAGUCUGUGGACACUCUAGAGGACAAAGUCACUACAGGACUUCAUGGAAAGUCUGUGGACACUCUAGAGGUCAAGGUUACUACAGGACUUCAUGGAAACCUUGUGGACACUCUAGAGGCCAAAGUCACUACAGGACUUCAUGGAAAGUCUGUGGACACUCUAGAGGCUAAAGUCACUACAGGACUUCAUGGAAAGUCUGUGGACACUCUAGAGGUCAAGGUCACCACAGGACUUCAUGGAGGCUAA